CAAGACAAAUGUGAUGGGAACACUAAACAUGCUGGGUCUGGCAAAGAGGGUGGGAGCUAGAUUUCUACUUACCAGCACCAGUGAAGUGUAUGGUGAUCCUUUGCAGCAUCCACAAUCUGAGACUUACUGGGGAAAUGUUAACCCCAUUGGUGUUCGGAGUUGUUAUGAUGAGGGAAAACGUACCGCCGAAACAUUGACAAUGGACUACCAUAGAGGACACAACAUCGAGGUUAGAAUUGCUAGGAUUUUUAAUACGUAUGGACCCCGUAUGUGCCUUGAUGAUGGUCGCGUUGUUAGCAAUUUCGUUGCUCAGGCAUUAAGGAAGGAACCGUUGACUGUGUAUGGAGAUGGGAAGCAGACAAGGAGUUUUCAGUACGUGUCUGAUUUGGUUGAAGGGCUGAUCAGAUUGAUGGAAGGUGAUCAUGUUGGUCCAUUCAAUCUUGGGAACCCCGGAGAAUUUACCAUGCUCGAAUUGGCAAAGGUUGUACAGGACACAAUUGAUCCAAAUGCUAAGAUAGAAUUCAGAGCAAACACAGAAGAUGACCCUCACAAGAGGAAGCCAGACAUCACAAGAGCCAAACAGCUCCUUGGUUGGGAACCCACCGUUUCUCUCCGGGACGGACUUCCUCUCAUGGUUUCCGACUUCCGCAAGCGAAUCCUCGGAGCCGGAGAGAGUGCCGCCGCUGACGGAAAGUCUUUCUCAGGCGUUGACUCUCAGUAAUGUGGGUAAACUACUGAAGUGUACCUCUAAAUAGAACUAUUGACUUAGGGAUGGUUGACUAGCUAGUUAGCAAUAAUAAUAAGACAGAUUGGGAAAAAAAUCAUCAAAUAGAAAUUAUAGAAUGAAGUUUUUCUUCUUCUAACGAUUAUAUAUAUUUUGUAGUCAUUAGGAGAUUCUUGAUCAUGAUAUUUGAGGUGUAACGUAACGACGUGUACAACAAUGUUGCAUUUCUAGGAAUAAUGAUAAUCAUCCACCAACUCAGGAAAAUUUGGGUCAAUAGGUUUAUUGUAUUUCUAUUUUAUUAAUGGGGUUUCUGAUGUGUAUCUUUGGAUCACAAGAAAAUUAUUAACUAAUUUAUGAUAUCUUG